AUGUCGUUUAAAGGUUACACAGGUGAAUCAAUUGUACCACUAGGAUUCAUAAAUGUUAUAGUAGAAUAUGGAGAUAUGGCAAGCAGGGAUUUCAUCAAUAAUUUUAACAUUAUUUUCACUCCAGCAGGAAUAAACGCCAUUGACUCGGUGGUGGACGUGAAGACUACGUUAAGGGGGGAGUUUCCUGAUGUGUGUACUUCAGCUCUCGGAUGUUUUAAACACGGUAAGAUUUCUUUGAAGUUAAAGCCUAACGCCGUCCCAAAGCACCAUUCUCCGAAACCUGUACCCUUAGCCCUUAAAUCCAAAGUCGAGUACGAAUUAGAGAGGAUGAUUCAAAGAGGAAUCAUUACACCAACCGUAACAGCAGAAUGGAGUUCCCAUAUUGUCCCGGUUCUGCGAAAAAAUGGCACCGUACGCAUAUGUGGUAGCUAUAUAAAUCUCAACAAAAAUCUAGUAGAUGUGUAUUAUCCAUUACCACGCAUAGAUCAGAUUUAUGCUAAUCUGAAAGGAAAUUACAAAUUUUCCAAAAUAGAUCUAAGCGACGCGUAUAUGCAGUUCGAACUCAUAUGCGUCAAAAAAGCUGGUCACUAUAUCCACGCACAAAGGAUUAUACAUGGCAUCGACAAUGUAUUCACCUUCCAGGAUGACAUCUUAAUCGGACAUAAACGUGGCGAAAACCACCUGGAUAUUUUGAGACGAGCCCUAACCAUAUUAAAAAACGCAGGGCUAACGGUAAACCUGGAUAAAUGUCAGUUUCUCCAAAGCAAAAUCUCGUAUCUGGGAUACGACUUAUCAGAAAACGGUUUAAGUAAAAGCAAAGAUAAGAUCGAAGCAAUAACAUCUGCUCCACCGCCAAAUAAUAUUACCGAACUUAAAUCGUUUAUUGGAGUGGUUAAUUAUUAUAGCAAAUUUAUACCCAACAUUACAGAAACUCUAGCACCCCUCUAUCAGUUACUAAAAAAGGAUGUUAAAUAUCAAUGGACAGAUAAAUGUGAUACAGCGUUCAGAAGUAUUAAGCAAAAGAUUGCGUCUGAUACGGUUCUAACUUACUUCGAUCCUAAUCUACCCAUCAUUGUAACAUGUGAUGCUUCUGAACGUGGCAUAGCAGCAGUUCUUGCACACAAGAUGACAGACAACACUGAAAAAAUGGUGACAUGUGUAUCAAGAACUUACACUAAAGCUGAACAGAACUACUCAGUAGUGCACAAAGAAAGUUUAGCAUGCUAUUUCGCCAUAAACAAAUUCCAAGAAUACUUAUAUGGACAGAGAUUUAUUUUGCGAACAGAUCAAAAAUCGUUGGUCUACUUGUUUGGGAAACAAAAGGAAAUAAAUCAGACAUAUGCUAAUCGAAUAAAGCGCUACGCACUGUAUUUUUCAAACUUUGAUUUCCAAAUUGAACAUAUAAAGGGACGUGACAACGCAGUCGCAGACUGUUUGUCGCGAUUACCACUAGACAAGCAAUUUACAGUUGACGAAGUAGAAUACAAUAGCAUAUAUUUCUCCAAUGUAGAUAUUCCGAUAGACAAUACAAUGGUAAAAGAAGAAACAGCAAAUGACGCUAUCUUAACUAAGGUUAUAGAAUUUGUUCGAUCGGGAUGGCCAAACGAGAUCGAUGAAAAUUAUCGACCAUUUUAUAAUCGCAAAUUAGACCUCCACGUGGUAAAUGGCUGUUUGUUGUUUGGAGACCGUAUCGUGAUACCAACCACAAUGCGAGAAAUAGUAAAAAACGAACUACACUCUACUCAUGAAGGCAUCGUGCGAAUGAAAGCUAUGGCGAGAUCGUUCUUAUGGUUUCCUGGAGUCGACAAAGAAAUUGAACAGAUAUGCAAAUCGUGCAAAGCUUGUCUGUCUGUCACAUCUCAUCCCCCAAAAACCUAUGUAUCCUGGCCGGAAUCUUCUAAUCCGUUCGAAUUAGUCCACAUGGACUUUUUCACGUUCCUGCAAAGACAAUACCUGAUCAUAGUAGACAGCUGCACUAAAUGGUUAGAAAUUUACAGUAUGAAAAACAUUACAAGCGAGAGUACUGUAGAAAUGCUUAGAGACUGCUUCUCUCGAUUUGGGCUGCCAGAAACAGUUGUCUCCGAUAACGGACCUUCCUUCGUCUCCGAAGAAAUGGAGAUUUUCUUUUACCGGAACGGAAUCAAACACAUGACAAUCUCGCCAUACAACCCUCAAAGUAACGGCCUUGCUGAAAACGGUGUUAAAAUAGUAAAAAACAAGCUGAAGUCGGCAUUGGCAGAUGAACAAAAUAAAAAUGCCACCAUCCAGACGAUACUUUCCCGUUUCCUGCUAGUUUAUAGAAACACACCGCAUACGACGACCAAAAUAUCUCCAGCUAGUGCUAUGUUUGGUCGAGAAUUACGUACAAGGUUUCAUCUAAUGACUCGUACUGACCAUGUCUCAAAAAAAAUACCCCGCGAACCAACUACAAGUCGAACUUUUAAAAUCAACGACAAAGUCAUAAUCAGAGACUAUCGGACAACUGAGAGGAAAUGGGUUGAUGCGAAAAUAAUAAAAACAAUUGGCAACGCCACUCAUUUAUGCCAGCUCGCAUCUGGAACGGUGUGGAAACGUCACCCAAAUCAAAUAAAGAAAAGGAGUGAGGGUUGCGAAUCAGUAUUGACUAAAAGCACCGCCAUUAAACAGCACAGAGGACAUUGCAAUGUGAAAAUCGGAAUGCCCAUAAAUUACGAUCCUGCGUUACCACAACUACCCAUCCCUGCCCCAGUACGUAGCACUUCCACUAAUCUGGAUCCUGUACCAGCAGGUAUGAACAACACACGUCAGGACACUCAUCCUUUACCAGCCACCGAGCCAAUGUGUCCUCCCGCAGCACAUGAAUGUAUUAGACCAUCUAGAAUUAGGAAAACCCCAAAGAUCCUAGAUGAUUUUAUUGUUAGUAUGUAA